AAAUUUUUCGCAUCUAGUAAAAUCUCGCGAGAUCGUCUCUCUUUUAUAAGCAUUGCGUUGGUGGCUUACGGAAUGAGAUUUCAAUAUGGCAGCCGUCGUGAUAUCUGCACAAGUCGGUAUCGCGGAAAUGUUUUGAAGUCGUUGAGUAAUCGCGACAACCGGUUGACGUACAACGCAUAGGCGUGUCUGGUGGAAAUUGCCAGCCACGAAGUGCUGUUUAAUUAAAACGGCACCGUUAGAAUAGUAAACUAGUUAGUUGCUUAUUUAUCUACUAAUCGAAUACUGUCCGAGAGCCUCACCUCAGGAUUUUAUAAUAAAAAAGGGGGAACGGCCAUGGGGAAACAGAAUAGCAAGCUGAAACCGGAAGUGUUAGAGGAUCUCAAGCAGAAUACAGAAUUUUCAGAUGCCGAAAUUCAAGAAUGGUACAAAGGCUUCCUAAAGGAUUGUCCGAGCGGUCAUCUGAGCGUAGAAGAGUUCAAAAAGAUAUACGGAAAUUUCUUCCCUUACGGUGAUGCUUCCAAGUUUGCAGAGCACGUGUUCAGAACAUUCGAUGCGAACGGGGAUGGAACAAUCGACUUUCGAGAAUUUUUAUGCGCCCUCAGCGUAACGUCUCGCGGUAAACUGGAACAAAAAUUGAAAUGGGCCUUCAGCAUGUACGAUCUCGAUGGUAACGGUUAUAUCUCGCGGCAAGAAAUGCUGGAAAUAGUGACGGCGAUCUACAAAAUGGUCGGUUCCGUGAUGAAGAUGCCGGAGGACGAGUCGACGCCGGAAAAAAGGACCGACAAGAUAUUCCGGCAAAUGGACAAAAACAAGGACGGGAAAUUGUCGCUCGACGAAUUUAUAGAAGGAGCAAAAAGUGAUCCGUCUAUCGUGCGACUGUUGCAGUGCGAUCCUAGUGCACAAGCUCAGUGAGGCCCUGGGCUGUUAUUACGCAAGUAUUACUGUGUCAUCUAUAUACGUGUGUACGACUAUGUCGGGACCCGGCCCGAUAAUCUUCGGACAGAAACGAUUAAAAAUUUAUCACGAUAUAAUUUCUCAAAACUUUUUCUUUCCGUUUUCUUUUCUCCUUCUUUCACACACUUCUACGUGUGGAAUAAAAAAAAAAAUAUCUUUAUGAACGUUUAAUCGUUUCUGAAAAAUAUAAGACAGAGGAUUAAUCUGUAAAUUGGGCCGGUACCCGAAUAAGUCCAGGGUCUCCGGGCCCAUGGCGCUUGCGCAUACCGCAAGCUAGUCUAAAAGACUAGUCCAGUCGCUCCGUCUCGUAAACGGAUCGGUUUUAACACAAAUUCUCUCUGCUGCGUACGAACGAACGACUGAAAAUUAUGCGACACAGCUCGAUACGUCCACAAUUGUUGAAUUCUCUUGUAUAUUUUCUCGAUGAUUAUAUCACUCGUAGUUCAAUUAUCAAUUAUUUCUGACCGUUAAUUUCUUUUCAAUUUUUCUAAAUUAUAUCGUUUUUUGAAUUAAUCUAUCGAGCAGUCGUCCCCUUUAUCAUCGUCAGUCUCCGUCAUAUGCAGCUCACAAGGGUAAAUUAUUAAUUUUUAAACGUGUUACACCAUGUUUGUAAGCUAUUUGCAAAAAUAUAUUUUAUAUCCAACACGUACGAUAAUAACAAGGUUCGUCAUUUUUAGCGGAUACGUCGUUUUUGAUUUUUCAGUACACGUACAUUGUACAUCUAAACUAUUCGUUAUGGAAAAGACUUAUUUGCGAGGUACCGUGAUUAUAUAUUAGCAACGAAUAAUAAUAAAAACAGUUAACGGUCAUCGAAAUAACAAAGGUCAUUGGAUGAAAUAUUGAUUUUUAUCGGUUUCUAAUCAAAUAAAUCAUUUUGAGAGUCAGCUUAAUUUUCUUUUACAUAUUAUAUAUAUAUAUAUAUAUAUAUAUAUAUACUCGUGAUAUAUUCUUAUUAAAAAAAAUAUACGAUGAAAGACUGCAAAAAUAUAAUAUUCAAAAUCUUCAGUAAAUCUUGAAUAAAAAUUUCUAUGACCUUUGUUGCUAUUGCUUUAUCGAUACAUAUAUAUAUAUAUAUGUUCAUUUUUGAUAGAAAAUCCAGCUAGAGAAAUAACAGUUGAAAUUGUUGAUUACGAUCUUCUCUGUAAAAGAAGGGAGAGAAAUAUCAAGUUCAUCGUUGCCUACUCAAAAGUAACUGAAUUCAUCACAGUUAUUCGGAUUUUCAGUUACUUUCGACAAGCUACUGAAAAAUCCUAUCAAGAUUUCGAAGGAGAAAAAUAUAAUAAUAAAUAAAAGGAUGAAGAGGAAAAAGGAGUAAAAAUAAGGGUGGGGGGGGAAGAGAGAGAGAGAGAAAGAAUAACGCUCACGUGCAUCAACAGUUUUAGAGAUUUAUUUUUGCGAAUGCGUAUCUAAGUCGCGUGUCUAAGUACGUGUGCGAACAUGCGAUUAUGUAUGCGACUAAGUAUUUUCAUUGUAUAUUUGCGCGUAUGCAAAGACGAGUAGAGAGAAAAAUAUACGGAAAAUAGCAGGAGAAAAAAAAAAAGUAAUAGUAAUAACAAUAAUAAUAAUAAUAAUAACAACAACAACAAAGAAUAAGAGAAAGAAUAAUAAUUAAAUAGUUAAUUCAGAAAUUUAUAUAAAAGCGACAUGAAAUGACAUAGAUUUAAAGAUGCAGAAAAGAAAUUAGCGAGAUAAUUAAGUCUUAAAAAUCUCCCACUAGCUAUUGUUCAAUUAGGAUUAAUUAUAUAUUAAUACACGUUGCAUAUACGUAUAUGUGUACGCGAUAUUAUAAAUCUGUUCAUUUUUAAUAUGAUACGUAAUAUACGAUAUACGACAAUUUUCUAGUUCCUUAAUUGUAAUAUGAUCAAUUGGUCGAUAUCGUCGAUAUCGUCGACGGGACAUAAUUUUUUAAUUAUAAAUCGAAUAAAUUUGUGCGUGCAAAAGAAAAUAUGAUUAUUUAUAGAAAAAUACGUGGGGAAGAGAUAUUCGUCACGUUUGUUUCUCUUCACUUCGCUCUUCGUGCUCUUCUUUUCUUUUUAUAAUGUAUGAAUUAAAAAUAAUUCUCUACUUUUGA